AUGUCUGCCACCGCUGCCGCCAGACGCCUUGAGGGCAAGACGGUGCUUAUCACUGGCGCCUCCAGUGGUAUUGGAAAGAGCACUGCCUUUGAAUACGCGCGGACGUCGCCUCAUAACUUGAAACUCAUUCUCACAGCCCGUCGUAUCGACAGUUUGAAAGAGAUCGCCGCAAAGAUCAACGAGGAAGUCGGAAAUGGCGUCAAGAUUCAUCCUGUCAAAUUGGACGUGAGCAACCCGGAGGAGGUCCGCCAACUUGUGCCCAACCUACCCGAGGAUUUCAAAGACAUCAGCAUCCUGGUGAACAACGCAGGUCUCGUCAAGGGCGUCGCAAAAGCCCCUGAAAUUGCCGAGGAAGACAUCAAUGUCAUGUUCGCAACCAACGUCACUGGUCUUAUCAACAUCACCCAGGCCAUCCUGCCCAUUUUCAAGUCGAGGCCCGACGGUGGCGCCGGUGACAUUAUUAACAUUGGCUCUAUUGCCGGUCGCGAGCCCUACCCGGGUGGUUCUAUUUACUGUGCCACCAAGGCUGCUGUGCGUAGCUUUACGGACAGUCUGAGAAAGGAGCUCAUUGCCACUCGCAUCCGCGUCAUCGAAAUCGAUCCCGGACAGGUUGAGACUGAAUUCUCCGUCGUCCGCUUCUAUGGUGACAAGUCCAAGGCCGACGCCGUCUACGCCGGCUGCGAGCCUCUGACUCCCGACGACAUUGCCGAAGUAGUCGUUUUUACCAGCACGCGCCGGGAGAACGUGGUUGUGGCAGACACCCUCAUCUUUCCCCAGCACCAAGGUGCUGCUGGUAUCCUCCAUCGCAAGUCUUGA